GCGACAAAGGCCAAAGCAGUGCUUGGCUGCACCUCCUGCAAUGAGACCGAGGGUAUCUUUGUUGGCGAUGUCUCUGAACCAGAGACACUGAAAGCCGUAAUGGCAGGCGCUGAUACCCUGGUCAUCACAACAUCCUCAGUGCCGGUGUGCACCGGCAGCCUGCCUUUCCCAAUGAAGAAGUGCCACUAUCCCAAAGGCGGCGAGCCCAAAGAAGUGGACUGGCUUGGCACGAAGGCGCAGAUUGAUGCCUUUGGCUUCUCUGGCGGCAGCAUGGCCACAAAGCAGCUGCUGUAUGUGAGCACCAUGGGCACGACCACUCCGGACAAUUUCCUGGACAAGCUCGACAAAGGCUGGACGUCCUUCUACCACCUCCAGGCGGAAGCUGACAUCAUGUCUUCCGGCAUUCCCUUCACCAUUGUGAAAGCCUGUGGCCUCGGGGACGGAGAGCCCGGCAAGCACAAGCUCCUCGUGGGCCAUGACGAUGCCAGCUUUAGCCUGGCCGCAAGCCAUGAGAUUCAUCGGGAGGAUGUCGCGCAUGUCAUGGUGGAAUCGAUCCGGUCUCGCUCCCUUGCCGUCGGUCUCCGAUUCGACCUUUGCUCUGCGGCGACGGGCGCACCUACGACGGACGUCCGAGGGCUUUCGCCGCUCUUAAGGUCAUUGUGGGACAUAAGCAGAAUCUUUUAG